AUGAUUGUAGAAAAUGCAUUAAAUACCUUAAGUAGUAAUAGGAUCAAAAAGGAAAAAAAACUUACCAAAUUCAUUAGAAAAUUUCCACAUAACAUCUNAAAAAAAAACUUACCAAAUUUAUUAGAAAAUUUCCACAUAACAUCUACUAGUUUUGAUUUUACAAAUACAAAUUUUGGAAACUGUUCUGUUGAAGAAUAUUGGCUCAUAAUUGGAUAUUAUAGAGUACUAGAUAGUUUAAUUGUAAACAUGAAUGACAGGUUUUCUGAAGAAAGCUUAAAAUUAGCAGUUGCAGUUAACAAAUUGAUUAAGUUAGACUUUGAAAAUAGCAUGGAUUUUUUUUAUCACUAUUUGUUGCCUUUAAAAAAAAAUGCAAACUUUGAUUUAACAGAUAUGGUUGAACUCAUUACUCCAUCAUUAUAUCCUAAUCUAUUCAAAUACCUGCAACUCGCAAUAACAAUAUCAGUAAUUUCAGCAACUUGCGAACGAUCUUUUAGUGCCAUGAGAAAAGUGAACACUUGGUUGAGGACAACUAUGGAACAGAAUCGAUUUUCAAGUUAUUAG